GAUGAUUAAUUUGUAUUUGUGUUCCUUAUUAUUGUCUCAUUUAUUGUAAUUUGUUCUUUUGGAAGAUGUGGAGCAUUUAUAUUGCAGGCUUACAUCAUGCACUUGAACAAAAACUAUUUCCAUGUAGGAAAAACCAGGAGGAAUUUCCCAGAGUGCAUGUUAAGAAUCAGUACUUCCUCAAAGGUUCGGUACUUCUGUCGAUUUCUGGGCCACGGACUGAACGAGGAAGGAUCGAGGAAUCGAGGAGGCAUGGAUUAGAGUUUUGGGAAGCGUCCCUGUGUCCACCAUCAGAUAUUAGCUCAAGGUGUUGAUUCACGUAGUAAACUUUUGACAUUAUGUCUCACUAACCGCUAAUCACUAGCAGGCAGUUGAGUUGCUACUGAAUAGGACACAAUAACAAAAAAAGUUCUGAUGUCUGUGAUUCGAUAGAAUACGUUCUAGGGUCCUGCCUGAUUUUAGACUGUAUUAUAAGAAAAAAAAAAUCACAGUUAUUACGCUGCAAAGUUGAUAAGUAGAAGAUAACCCGCUUUUAAACGUAUACCUAAUUUGGAUGCGUUGAAAUAGAUUUGUCUGCUAAAACGAAACUGCCAAAUCUCUGUAGUUAAGUGGUUUACAGACUCCAGAUAUUGAUGCUGCAAUAAAGAAAGUGUGUGAAACAGACAGCGGUGGAUAUUAAAUCCAGCUCAAGCAUUCACUAAAUGAAUUUGCGUUAUUAGAUCGGGCUCUGUUAAAGGUUUCUCUGAGUAAUACGCUGUUUUGUGUAAUAUUGUGUUUUCAUCUUUUAGCGUGAACAUUGUUACUGUUUGGCUUCAGGCUUUAAACAGAUAUUACGUUCCUUAACCGUAGCGCUUGCAGGCCAUUUGAUAUCUUUAUACUACUUGCUAUUUUUGCCAACUGCAUGGCCUUAGCCAUCUACGUCCCGUUUCCUGAAGACGACUCCAACUCGACCAAUCACGACCUGGAAUCAGUUGAAUAUGCCUUCCUCAUCAUUUUUACAGUUGAGACCUUCCUAAAGAUCAUAGCGUACGGGUUAGUCAUGCACCAGAACGCGUACGUCAGGAACGGCUGGAACAUGCUGGAUUUUGUCAUCGUCGUCAUUGGACUGUUCAGUGUUAUCCUAGAAGUUGUGACCAAAGAAGGGGGUCAGCAGGGAUCAGGAAGCCCCGCCCCCUCACACGGCCAUGGAGGCAAACCGGGAGGCUUCGACGUCAAAGCGCUGCGAGCCUUCAGGGUGCUGCGACCCCUUCGCCUGGUCUCAGGAGUACCUAGUUUACAGGUAGUGUUGAACUCCAUCAUUAAAGCCAUGGUUCCUCUUCUCCACAUCGCUCUGCUGGUCCUCUUCGUCAUCAUCAUCUACGCCAUCAUUGGCCUUGAGCUCUUCCUCGGCAAAAUGCACGCAACCUGCUAUAUAGUUGGGUCAGCUUUGAUAGCGGUGGACGACCCAGCUCCCUGUGCAAUAAACGGUAAUGGCCGUAUCUGCACCCUGAACAAUACAGAGUGCAGGGAAGGCUGGCAGGGUCCCAACGGCGGCAUCACCAACUUCGACAACUUCCUGUUUGCCAUGCUAACGGUGUUCCAGUGUAUCACUAUGGAGGGCUGGACAGACGUGCUGUACUGGACGAAUGAUGCGAUGGGGAUGGAGCUGCCCUGGGUCUACUUUGUGAGCUUGGUCAUCUUCGGCUCUUUCUUCGUCCUGAACCUUGUUCUGGGAGUGUUGAGUGGUGAGUUCUCUAAGGAGCGAGAGAAGGCGAAGGCCCGCGGAGAUUUCCAGAAGCUCCGUGAGAAGCAGCAGAUGGAGGAGGACCUGAAGGGCUACCUGGACUGGAUCACACAGGCCGAGGACAUCGACCCUGACAAUGAGGAUGAGGAGGAUGGGAGCAAACACAACCGGGUCACAAUCGCUGACAUCAUGAACAAGAAGAAGAAAGGGUUAGCCUGGUUCAGUCACUCUACUGACACUCACGCGAGUGCUCCGGCGAGCGAUACCGAAUCUGUCACCAUGGAGAAAGAUGACGAGAAAUGCUGUGGCGCUCUGUGUCAGAAAAUUUCCAAGUCAAAAUUCAGUCGGCGCUGGCGUCGCUGGAACAGGUUCUGCCGCAGGAAGUGCCGCUUGGCCGUGAAAUCUGUGCCGUUUUAUUGGCUCGUGAUCAUUUUGGUGUUCCUCAAUACGCUCACCAUUUCAUCAGAGCACUACAACCAACCAGAGUGGCUCACAGAAGUGCAGAGGGUGGCCAAUAGGGUGCUGCUGGCGAUGUUCACGCUGGAGAUGCUAGUGAAGAUGUACAGUCUGGGACUGCAGGCCUACUUUGUCUCACUCUUUAACCGUUUCGACUGUUUUGUCGUAUGCAGCGGAAUCAUAGAGACGAUCCUAGUGGAACAUGAAAUCAUGUCUCCACUCGGCAUCUCCGUGCUCCGCUGUGUACGACUCAUGAGGAUCUUUAAAGUUACACGUCGCUGGGCAUCUCUCAGUAAUCUGGUGGCAUCUCUGCUGAACUCAAUGAAGUCCAUCGCCUCGCUGCUGCUCCUGCUCUUCCUCUUCAUCAUCAUCUUCGCUCUGCUCGGGAUGCAGGUGUUCGGGGGCAAGUUCAACUUCGACACCAUACACAAAAAACGGAGCAGCUUCGACAACUUCCCCCAGGCCCUGCUGACCGUCUUUCAGAUUCUGACCGGUGAAGACUGGAACCAGGUGAUGUACGAAGGCAUCAAGGCGUAUGGCGGUCCUUCAUCAUCGGGAAUGAUCGUGUGUAUUUACUUCAUCAUCCUCUUCGUGUGUGGAAACUACAUCCUGCUGAACGUGUUCUUGGCCAUCGCCGUGGACAACCUGGCAGGCUCGAGAUCACUCGGUGCUUCAACGAAGCCAGUCGAUGUCAAGCAAGAUGAUGAAGAUGAAGAGUUCAAGGUUCCAGUUGAAGAUGAGAGGGAGAAUGCAGAAGAGGAGGAUGAAGGGGAGGUUCCAUCAGGGCCUCGUCCCACCAUCGCAGAGCUGGUGAGGAAAGAGAAGAUCGUACCGAUACCAGAGGGCACCGCCUUCUUCAUAUUCAGCAGGACAAACCCGCUUCGUGUUCUGUGCCACAAGAUAAUAAACCACCACCUCUUCACCAACCUCAUCCUCGUCUUCAUAAUGCUCAGCUCCGUCUCCCUCGCUGCUGAGGAUCCAAUCAGAAACCACUCUUUCCGCAAUAACAUACUUGGUUACGUUGACUAUGCCUUCACAGCUAUCUUUACUGUAGAGGUCAUGUUGAAGAUGAUGACGUUCGGAGCGUUUCUCCACAAGGGGGCGUUCUGCAGGAACUACUUUAACCUGCUUGACCUGCUGGUGGUCGGUGUGUCUCUGGUGUCAUUUGGGAUACAAUCUUCGGCGAUCUCUGUGGUGAAGAUUCUGCGUGUACUGAGAGUGUUGAGGCCCCUCAGAGCCAUCAACAGAGCCAAAGGACUUAAGAACGUGGUCCAGUGUGUGUUUGUGGCCAUCAGGACCAUCGGGAACAUCAUGAUCGUCACAACGCUGCUCCAGUUCAUGUUUGCCUGUAUCGGAGUGCAGCUCUUCAAGGGGAAAUUUUUCCGCUGCAAUGACGAGGCCAAAUCAACCUCGGAGGAGUGCAAGGGCACAUAUAUCUUUUUCAAAGACGGAGACAUGAAUAAUCCCACCAUCCAGAAACGUCACUGGCACAACAGCGACUUCAACUUCGACAAUGUGCUCAUGGCCAUGAUGGCGCUCUUCACCGUGUCCACGUUUGAGGGCUGGCCGGCGCUUCUGUACAAGGCCAUCGACUCGAACAAGGAGAACUUUGGUCCUAUCUACAAUUACCGUGUGGAGAUCUCCAUUUUCUUCAUCAUCUACAUCAUCAUCAUCGCCUUCUUCAUGAUGAACAUCUUCGUGGGUUUCGUCAUCGUGACGUUUCAGGAGCAGGGAGAGAAAGAGUAUCGGAACUGUGAACUGGACAAGAACCAGCGCCAGUGUGUGGAGUACGCACUUAAAGCCCGACCUCUGAGGCGCUACAUCCCUAAAAACCCCUAUCAGUACAAGUUCUGGUACGUGGUGAACUCCACAGCCUUCGAGUACAUCAUGUUUGUCCUCAUCAUGCUCAACACGAUCUGCCUGGCUGUGCAGCACUACGGGCAGUCUAAGGCGUUUAACUACGUGAUGGAUAUCCUGAACAUGGUGUUCACUGCAGUCUUUACUGUGGAGAUGGUCCUCAAACUGAUCGCCUUCAAACCCAAGCUGUUUGUUCCGAAGAAGGAAAGAACACUUGGUUAUGUUGAAGACCCGUGGAACACGUUCGAUGCUCUGGUGGUGAUCGGGAGCAUAGUUGACAUUGCGCUCACUGAGGCUGAUCCCGCGGAGGGGGAAGAGUUGCCGCCCACAGAGGCUCCACAGGUGGAUGAGUCAGGGAAUGCAGAAGAAAGCUCUCGCAUCUCCAUUACCUUCUUUCGGCUGUUCAGAGUGAUGCGAUUGGUCAAGCUGCUCAACAGAGGGGAGGGAAUUCGUACCCUCCUGUGGACCUUCAUCAAGUCCUUCCAGGCUUUGCCAUACGUCGCUCUGCUGAUCGCCAUGAUGUUCUUCAUCUACGCCGUCAUCGGCAUGCAGAUAUUUGGGAAGAUAGCCAUGGUAGAGGGUACACAAAUCAACCGGAACAACAACUUCCAGACUUUUCUGCAAGCUGUGCUUCUGCUGUUCAGAUGUGCGACAGGUGAAGCGUGGCAGGAGAUCAUGCUGGCGUGUUUGUCCGGGAAACUCUGUGACCCAGAGUCGGACUAUAAUCCUGGAGAGGAGAUGACCUGCGGCAGCGGCUUCGCAAUUGUCUACUUCAUCACAUUCUACAUGCUUUGUGCAUUCCUGAUCAUUAACUUGUUCGUGGCCGUCAUCAUGGACAACUUUGACUACCUGACUCGUGAUUGGUCGAUCUUGGGACCACAUCACCUCGACGAGUUUAAGAGGAUAUGGUCCGAAUAUGAUCCAGAAGCCAAGGGCAGAAUAAAACAUUUAGAUGUAGUGACGCUACUGCGGCGCAUUCAGCCUCCGCUUGGCUUCGGAAAGCUGUGUCCUCACAGAGUAGCAUGCAAGCGUCUAGUGGCCAUGAACAUGCCCCUGAACAGUGAUGGCACCGUGAUGUUUAAUGCCACACUGUUUGCACUGGUCAGGACUGCACUGAAGAUCAAAACAGAUGGUAAUUUGGAGCAGGCAAAUGAGGAGCUGCGAGCCGUCAUUAAAAAGAUCUGGAAGAGGACCAGCAUGAAGCUGCUUGACCAAGUGGUGCCCCCUGCUGGUGAUGAUGAGGUAACCGUGGGGAAGUUCUAUGCCACCUUUCUGAUACAGGACUACUUUAGGAAAUUCAAGAAACGCAAAGAAGAAGGACUGGUAGGAGUGCAUCCUACACAGAACAACACGGCCAUCACGCUGCAGGCUGGUCUCCGCACGCUGCAUGAUAUUGGGCCCGAAAUCCGCCGUGCCAUAUCAUGUGACCUCCAGGAUGAGGAGCUAGUAGACUUUAUACCUGAGGAGGACGAGGAGAUUUAUAGGCGAAACGGUGGCCUUUUCGGCAAUCACAUUAACCACAUCAACGGCGACCCCCACCGAGGUUCCGGGCAUCAGACCAACGCCACGCAGCGCCCCCUGCAGGUUCAUCCUCCCCCGCACUACGCCGACAUGGAACAGCCCGUGGGCCGGCUGGACCGCGCCAACGCCAUGGCCCAACAUAAUCAUCAUCACCACCAUCAUCAUCAUCACAAUCACCACAAUUCUUACAGCAAGUCACCCAAGUCCACCAACAUCAAUCUGAACAAUGCUAACAUGUCCAGCCUGCCCAAUGGAGGCCAUAAUCGUUACUACCAGCAUGUCCCGGCGAACGGAUACACCGGAUCGUACUACCCAGGGGAAUAUGAAAAGCCCAGGACGCCACAUGGACAGAGAAGGCGCUACUAUGAGACCUAUAUUAGGUCGCGUGGCAGCAUCAGGCGCCAACCCACUAUUCGUCGCGAGGAAGAGAUUGAGGAAGACCGCUAUUCUGGGGAGUACUACAGCGGAGAAGAGUUUUAUGAAGAAGACGGCAUGCUGUCAGGAGACAGGUAUCCCAGCAGCGAUCAGGAGUACGAGACUCCCCGUGGCUACCAUCAUCCCGACAGUUACUAUGACGAUGACGAGCAGCCCCUAUACCACGACUCAUAUAGGUCACCAAAGAGACGGCGGCUUCCUCCCACACCACAAGGCAACCGGAGGCCAUCUUUCAACUUUGAGUGUCUGCGCAGACAGAGCAGUCAGGAUGAGCUUCCUCGCCAGCGGACUGCUCUUCCGCUCCAUUUAAUGCAACAUCAGGUGAUGGCAGUAGCAGGGCUUGACUGGAGUAGAGCUCACGGACUCUCGCCUACUCGCUCCACUCGUUCAUGGGCCACGCCUCCUGCCACGCCUGCCAGUAAAGACCGCACCCCCUACUACACACCGAUGAUCCGCGUGGACCGCCCGCACCGGGACAGCAUGGGUGGCAGCUACUGCUCGGUGAGGAAGAGCUCGUGGUACACAGAUGAGCCGGAGUACCAGCAGAGCACCUACUCACCGGUGCACCUGCAAAUCCCACAUGAGUACCGGAACCAGUACCACCAGAAGAGAGGCAGCGCCACCAGCCUUGUGGAGGCGGUUUUGAUAUCAGAAGGACUGGGCAGAUACGCUAAGGACCCAAAGUUUGUGGCGGCUACAAAGCAUGAGAUCGCGGACGCCUGCGAUAUGACCAUCGACGAGAUGGAAAGUGCGGCGACCCACCUGCUGAACGGCGGAGUCAUGCCCAGGGUCAACGGGGUUCACGUUUACCCAGUCAUGAGUCAAAUAGAGUACGAUGUGCAGGACGUUUCGGCCAACUACAGCGACGAAGAGCCAGAACCCGAAUCCCGGCCUCGUUACGAGGAGGACUUGGCGGACGAAAUGAUAUGCAUCACCACAUUAUAGCGUCUGGUUAGCAGCCAAAGCUAAUGGACUUAGUUGUCACACAAAACCGAAAUGCAUCUAUUGGCUUAUAACCAAAAGAAGUGCCUUCCUUUCCAGUGGAGUAGAAAGGCACCAGGAGUAAGGACACGCUUGCCCCGCCUACUCUCUCCCUAUUGGUCAAGGUGCAUAUCCAUCACCGGGUGGGGUGGGUGGGUGUUAACUUUGCCAGGAAACAGUGCUCCACUCUGUUGGACUUCUGAUGGUGAUGCUUUGCAGCUCAAGUCUGUGCUGAACUGUGACUGGUCGCUUGUGCUGUCACUGCAGGCUACGGCCCAAUGAGCAGCGACCGUCGGUAUUUUCUCCAAGGUGAUGACAAUCAGAUUAAAAAUGUCAUUACCUCAGUCACUUUAUUAAGGGUUUUUGCAUAUCACGCAUGUUUUCAAUGCAAGCUAAGUAAGGCAUAUCUCCCCGUAGAGGCUUUAGUUUCAAUUGAUUAAUUAAAGGUUGAUGAGAAUUAUUAACUCUUUAGAUAACUAACACCAAUAAGACCAUUCUGGACUUAAGAAUAAGAAGAGAUCUUAUUGCAUUUUAAAAAUCUGGAAAUUAGUUACCUUUUUUCUUGAAAAAGAUUGCAGCGUUUGUGUUGAAUGCACUAGCAGGCAGGUUAUUUUUUUAACUCUAGGUUUAGCCUGUUUGGGCUUUCAUAAAUUACUAUGCUGUAAAUUAAUUGUAAUAUAAAAUAUAAAGAAACUUUGGAAAGAGACAUUUUGUAAUUAUGUACUGUAGGAAAAAGGAAUCAGCAAUAUUGAUCCUAAUUGAUGUUACUGUAUUAUGGAGAGAAAAAAAAAAUUGUGUGAAUUUAUUA